CAUCACCCCUACCACAACCCCUCCUUGCCUCCUCACACCUCCAAGGCUCCAAAGGCAGAAAAUUCUGUGCCUUCCUUUGAUUCUACCAUCAAAUAACAAGUAAGGGGAGAGGGGCAGAUAGCUUUAAGGGUUUGGCUUUUGCUUCCUUGCAAUACCAUCUACACCUUUACUCUCCGAUCCUUGCUCAGCUUCACUUCCCCUCUCCCCUUUUCUUCUCUAAAUUUCGUUUCAAGGAACACGGAUUGUGAUUACGGUAGGUCGGAAGAUUAGGGUUUUACAGAGAAUACCAUACCCGGAAGAAGAUUAUGAUUUGAGGUACGAGAAUAAUGAAUCUGUGCUAUUAAUUUCAUUCCUCAUAAAGGCGUUAGAAUUUAAGAGAGAAGAUUUGGUUGGAUUGGAUAUUUUUGCUCGGAUUUGUAUAGCUUACAUGCCCAAGUCUCUAUUUAACACCAAAAUCUGUGUUUGCUUGGCAAUUCAGUCGCUUGUUUGAGGGUUAGGGUUGAUGGGGUUGCUGUGCUUUGUUUUGAUGGGUUAGAUUGUUCAGUAAGUGUGAGGCAAUUGAGGGGCUUUUGGUUGAGAAAUGACUAGAAGGGUGAGAAGGAAGGGACCACAGUUGAAGGACAAAGAGAAGACAAUUGCGCAAGUUUAUUCUGGAAUCGGUGAUGGCAGCUCCAGUUCGGAGAGGGAUGGGGAGGUUGAUUGGACGAGCUUGCCCGAUGAUACCGUUGUGCAGCUGUUUUCUUGUCUGAACUAUCGAGACCGGGCAAGCUUGGGUUCGACCUGUAGAACAUGGCGGGCUUUGGGAUCUUCUUCUUGUUUAUGGAAUUGUUUGGAUCUUCGUGCCCACAAGUGUGAUGCUGCUACUGCAACUUCCAUGGCUUCCCGUUGUGUGAAGCUUCAGAAACUCUGUUUUCGAGGGGCUGAAGCGGCCAAUGCUAUAAUGAAUCUCCAGGCGCGUGGUUUACGUGAAAUCAGUGGAGAUUUCUGUCGUGAUAUUACCGAUGCAACUCUCUCUGUGAUGGCUGCUAGGCAUGAGGCACUUGAAAGCCUCCAGCUUGGGCCAGAUUUCUGUGAGAGGAUCAGUAGUGAUGCUAUCAAAGCAGUUGCUCUAUGUUGCCAUAAGUUGAAGAGGCUGCGGCUUUCGGGGGUUCGAAAGAUUGAUGGGGAUGCUAUCAAUGCAUUGGCAAAGAAUUGUGGGCAGCUGACAGAGAUUGGUUUCAUGGACUGUGUGAAUGUUGAUGAGAUGGCAUUGGGAAAUUUGGUCACAAUACGUUUUCUAUCAGUUGCAGGGACAAGAAACAUCAAAUGGGGUUCAGCUUCGCAAAUUUGGAGUAAGCUGCCGAACUUGAUUGGGUUAGAUGUUUGUAGGACUGAUAUAAGCUCUAGUGCUGUUUCCCGAUUGCUGUCCUCAUCACAGAGCUUGAAGGUCUUGUGUGCCCUUAACUGUACCCUUCUUGAAGAAGAAGGCAACUAUAUGGCAUAUAAUCACAAGGGUAAGUUAUUGCUUGCUCUUUUCAAUGACAUUUUCAAAGCAGUGGCUUCAUUAUUCGCCGAUAUUACAAACAAUGAUAAAAGUGUAUUCUCGGAUUGGAGGAAUGCGAAGAAUGGGGAUAAAAGCUUAAAUGAGGUUAUGACUUGGCUUGAAUGGAUUCUCUCACAUUCACUGCUGCGUAUUGCUGAGUGCAAUCCACAGGGGUUGGAUAGUUUCUGGCUCAGGCAAGGGGCUGCAUUGUUACUGAAUCUAAUUCAGAGCUCACAGGAGGAUGUUCAGGAAAGAGCGGCUACAGGACUGGCUACGUUUGUUGUCAUUGAUGAUGAAAAUGCUACAGUCCAUUCUGGAAGGGCUGAGGCAGUUAUGAGGGAUGGUGGAAUACGUCUACUUCUAGACCUUGCAAAAUCUUGUCGAGAAGGUCUGCAGUCAGAAUCAGCAAAGGCUAUAGCAAACUUGUCUGUUAAUGCGAAAGUUGCAAAAGCUGUUGCAGAAGAAGGAGGGAUCAAUAUACUUGCUGGUCUAGCAAGGUCUAUGAAUAGGCUGGUUGCCGAAGAGGCUGCUGGCGGACUUUGGAAUCUUUCUGUAGGAGAGGAGCACAAGGGUGCCAUUGCUGAGGCAGGUGGUGUAAAAGCUCUAGUGGAUCUUAUCUUCAAGUGGCCUUCCUCCGGUGGUGAUGGAGUUCUUGAACGUGCUGCUGGUGCGCUCGCAAAUUUGGCAGCUGAUGAUAAAUGUAGCAUGGAAGUUGCUCUAGCAGGUGGUGUACAUGCUUUGGUGAUGCUUGCUCGGUCUUGCAAGUUUGAGGGAGUGCAAGAGCAGGCUGCUCGUGCUUUAGCUAAUUUAGCUGCUCACGGAGAUAGUAACAGUAACAAUGCUGCAGUUGGACAAGAAGCAGGUGCACUUGAAGCACUUGUGCAAUUAACUUGCACCCAACAUGAAGGUGUCAGGCAAGAAGCUGCUGGCGCUUUGUGGAAUUUGUCAUUUGAUGACAGAAAUCGAGAAGCAAUAGCUGCAGCUGGUGGUGUCGAGGCUUUGGUUGCUCUUGCACAGAAUUGCUCAAAUGCUUCUCAAGGUCUUCAGGAACGGGCUGCUGGUGCCUUGUGGGGAUUGUCGGUAUCAGAAGCCAAUAGCAUUGCUAUUGGACGGGAAGGAGGUGUUGCACCCCUUAUUGCACUGGCACGGUCAGAUGUUGAAGAUGUUCAUGAGACUGCAGCUGGGGCACUAUGGAACCUUGCCUUUAAUCCGGGCAAUGCUCUUCGUAUUGUUGAGGAAGGGGGAGUUCCAGCUCUUGUUCAUCUAUGUUCUUCCUCAGAAUCAAAAAUGGCACGCUUUAUGGCUGCUUUGGCAUUAGCUUACAUGUUUGAUGGGAGGAUGGAUGAAAUUGCUUUGAUAGGGUCUUCAUCGGAAGGUGUUUCAAAGAGUGUCAGCUUAGAUGGUGCUAGGAGGAUGGCCUUGAAGCACAUUGAGGCCUUUGUGCUUACAUUUUCUGAUCCACAAACCUUCUACGCGGCUGCUUCGUCAUCAGCUCCUGCAGCCUUGGCACAAGUAGCUGAAGGAGCACGUAUUCCGGAAGCUGGGCAUCUGAGAUGCAGCGGAGCUGAGAUUGGAAGGUUUGUUACCAUGCUUCGAAAUUCUUCUUCCAUUCUAAAGGCCUGUGCAGCUUUUGCUCUUCUCCAGUUUACCAUCCCAGGGGGCCGGCAUGCAGUGCACCAUGCUGGUCUCUUGCAGAAGGCUGGAGCAGCUAGGGUGCUACGUGCUGCUGCUGCAGCAGCCACGGCUCCUAUUGAAGCCAAAAUCUUUGCAAGGAUUGUACUCCGGAAUCUCGAGCACCAUAAUGUAGAGGCAUCCUUAUGAAGGACUGAUAUGACAAGCAAAAAGUUUUACUGCUAUCUCUGGUGCCAAUGGCUUCCUGCUCUUGAGUAGUCCUACAAGGUGGUGGUGGUGGUGGUAUAUAUUCUGCACAAAUGUAAACUAAAUUUGUCAAGAACUUGGUGUGUGGCUUGUUCCCAUUUGCUCAUGUGGAUCUUUCUGCACAAUCAGUUCCGGUCUUUGGUGUUCUUGAGAAUCAGGAAACAGGGAUGGGGAUUAGGUCUUUUCUCAUACCCCCCUUUCUUUUGUGUGGCUUUUCCCCUUUUUCUAGUCCUUAGAAGUUUGGUGUGUGUGUGGUUUUCCCCCUUUUUAGUUCAUUUUGUUCUUAGCAUGUACAAGGUACUGGGGUGUCAAUAGACCAGUAUCGAUCAUUUUUGCGUUUCUAUAUUCAUUAUAAAGGUUUUAUAUCAUAAUUAUGUUUUAAGCUAUUUAGGACU